GUUCCAUGUUCGCUAGGCAAGUACCUCGUCGCACUUCUCCAUGGGCACUCUAUUCUCCUCCCUUCCACGCUGAACAGGAAUCGCGAAACCAAAGAGGCAGUGGAAUCGCCGGCAAUUUUUUUCUGGCCCCCCCUCCCCCAGUAUCGGCAUCCCGUAUCGAUAAAUAUAACCCUUACGCAAUACUCGGGGCGACUCCAGUCAAGAGUUACUGGCUUUGCCGGUCGAGACCCAGAGAGGUACUCGAACAUCUAUUUGGACUACGCUGCCUCACGCUAGCUCAUCGUUCCGUCCAACGUCAGAAUUCUACCCAGGGUGUCAAUGAAGGAGAGGACGACGAUUGCCAACACGCCGCCGACUGCUGCUACGAGUACCGCCAGACCGCCGCGGUGAACCGCCCAUUUUUGCGACGCCGACUCGCUCUAUCGAUCGAACACGAAUGCGAAAAGGCCUUGGUGACGAUAAGGCCGCAAGGAACACACACCACUACCCCUCCUUCUGUCUCCGAGUAGAUGCCCAUAAGCCAGGCCGACGCCGCGAUGUCGAACGGCCAGGAUGUUCACGCCCACCCGCCGGCGACGUCCCUGAAGAAGGGCAAGCAGAAGAAGGCUGUUGACUCGAACGAGUCGGCGAAGCUGCUCGCGCAGCGUAUUACGCAGUUGGAACAGGAGUCGGCCGGAGAGAAGGACCAGGAAGCUGAGAUUGGUGCGUACCGCCUCCCAUCGUGCCAUUUCCCUUCCCGGGCGGGCCGAAUCAAGUAUGUCGCGUGAGCGUCGGUUUCACGACCUAUGUAUGGGGUGAGGGGUCGUUUGUCAGCCCCGUUGCAAAACCCAUACUCGCAAUCUUUAAAGAGCCCAAUCAUGAA